AGGGCUAGUUCAGAUAGGUAGCCAAAAGAGUCUCUCCUACGAAAGGUACAGGUACAGGUGUACGGUGAGAGGGCGCAGGGUACCAGCAAAACUGAGGAAAAAAAAGAACGCCCUACCCAGAGGGAAAGGCAGUGGAAACGUCCCGAGGCGGGUCAAGUUCAGAGGGUGUGAUGGAAAGGAAGGUGCAGUCGGAGCGCAGGAAGACAGGUGUGGGAGGAGGCGGAAGAGGCCGGCAGGAACGCCCGCCAGUUAGGGGCCAUGCAAGCUUUGGGAAGGACUAAUCAGCCUGGCUUUCCGGGACCAGCAAAGGAGCGCCGAGACCUCCAACUCAGCCACGGAGCCGCCGUGCAAGGCUCGUCGUGAUCUCAAAGAAUCGCUGAGCGCCCAGGUCCUUUGCCAUUCCUAGGCAUGCAAUCCCGGAAAGCCAAGCACACAGUUACUCAGCGGUCGUUAUGACCUCCCGGUUACGUGCGUUGGGUGGAAGAAUCAAUAAUAUACGGACCUCCGAGUUACCCAAAGAGAAAACGCGAUCCGAGCUCAUCUGCAGCAUACGCUUUUUAGAUGGCUUGGUACAGACCUUUAAAGUUAAUAAACAAGAUUUGGGCCAAUCGCUUCUGGAUAUGGCAUAUGGCCACCUGGGAGUGACGGAGAAAGAAUACUUCGGCUUGCAACAUGGCGAUGACCCAGUGGACUCCCCUAGAUGGCUUGAAGCAAGCAAACCCCUCAGGAAGCAGCUGAAAGGCGGUUUCCCCUGUACCCUGCAUUUUCGAGUAAGAUAUUUUAUACCUGAUCCCAACACACUGCAGCAGGAACAAACCAGGCAUUUGUAUUUCCUACAACUGAAGAUGGAUGUUUCUGAAGGAAGGUUAACCUGCCCUCUCAACUCAGCGGUGGUUCUAGCAUCCUAUGCAGUACAAUCUCAUUUUGGAGACUUUAAUCCUUCCAUACACCAUCCAGGCUAUCUUGCCGACAGCCAGUUCAUACCAGAUCAAAACGACGACUUUUUAAGCAAGGUGGAGUCGCUCCAUGAACAGCACAGUGGGCUAAAGCAGUCAGAAGCUGAAUCUUGCUACAUCAACAUAGCUCGGACCCUUGAAUUCUACGGAGUGGAGCUUCAUGGCGGCAGAGAUCUGCACAAUUUAGAUCUAAUGAUCGGAAUUGCUUCUGCGGGCAUUGCAGUGUACCGAAAAUACAUUUGCACAAGUUUCUACCCUUGGGUGAACAUACUCAAAAUUUCUUUCAAAAGGAAAAAGUUCUUCUUACACCAGCGGCAAAAACAGGCGGAAUCCAGGGAACAUAUUGUGGCCUUCAACAUGCUAAAUUACCGAUCUUGCAAAAACUUGUGGAAAUCCUGUGUCGAGCACCAUUCAUUCUUUCAGGCAAAAAAAUUACUACCUCAGGAAAAGACUGUUCUGUCUCAGUACUGGACUCUAGGGUCCAGGAACCCCAAAAAGUCUAUAAAUAACCAAUAUUGCAAAAAAGUGAUUGGAGGAAUGGUAUGGAACCCAGCCAUGAGGAGGUCCUUAUCAGUGGAACGGCUAGAAACCAAGAGCCUGCCUUCCCGGUCCCCUCCCAUCACUCCCAACUGGCGAAGUCCUCGGCUCCGGCACGAAAUCCGCAAGCCUCGCCAUUCCUCCGUGGACAACCUGGCCAACGAGAUGACCUAUAUCACAGAAACCGAGGAUGUGUUCUAUACCUACAGGGGAUCCCUGUCCCCCAAAGACAGUGACUCCGAAGUCUCCCAGAACCACAGCCCACACCAAGAGAGUUUGUCCGAAAACAACCCAGCCCAAAGCUGCCUGACCCAGAAGUCAUCCAGUUCUGUGUCUCCGUCUUCAAACGCUCCAGGCUCCUGCUCCCCAGAUGGAGUGGACCAGCAGUUCUUAGAAGACUACCACAAGGUGACCAAAGGGGGCUCCAUCGAGGAUGCCAGCCAGUACUACUGUGAUAAGAAUGAUGAUGGUGACGGCUACCUAGUCCUGAUCCGCAUCACACCGGAUGAAGACGGGAGAUUUGGAUUUAAUCUUAAGGGAGGAGUGGAUCAGAAGAUGCCUCUCGUGGUCUCAAGGAUAAACCCAGAGUCGCCUGCGGAUACCUGCAUGCCCAAGUUGAAUGAAGGGGAUCAGAUCGUGCUGAUCAAUGGCCGGGACAUCUCAGAGCACACUCAUGACCAGGUGGUGAUGUUCAUCAAAGCAAGCCGGGAGUCCCACUCGAGAGAACUGGCCCUGGUGAUCAGGAGGAAAGCUGUGCGCUCACUGGCGGAGAUCAGAUCAGAAGAUGAGCUGAGUCAGCUUUUCCCAGAAGCCAUGUUUCCUGCAUAUCCUGAGGGUGGGGACAGUCUGGAGGGAUCCAUGGAGCUACUAAAGAAAGGUCUGGAAAGCGGUACAGUGCUGAUCCAGUUUGAGCAACUUUACAGAAAGAAGCCGGGCUUAGCCGUCACAUUUGCAAAGCUGCCGCAGAAUUUGGAUAAAAACCGAUACAAAGAUGUGUUGCCUUAUGACACCACCCGGGUAUUAUUGCAGGGAAAUGAAGAUUAUAUUAAUGCGAGUUAUGUGAAUAUGGAGAUUCCCGCUGUCAACCUUGUGAACAAGUACAUCGCCACUCAGGGACCGCUGCCGCACACCUGUGCACAGUUCUGGCAAAUCGUCUGGGAUCAGAAGCUUUCUCUGGUUGUCAUGCUGACGACUCUAACGGAGCGAGGGCGGACCAAAUGUCACCAGUACUGGCCGGAUCCCCCUGAUGUCAUGGACCAUGGCGUCUUCCACAUCCAGUGUCAGGCAGAAGACUGCACCAUUGCUUAUGUGUCCCGAGAAAUGCUAGUUACAAAUAUUGAGACCGGGGAAGAGCACUCAGUGACCCAUCUCCAGUAUGUGGCAUGGCCUGACCACGGUGUCCCUGAUGACUCCUCAGACUUCUUGGAGUUUGUGAAAUACGUGAGGUCCCUGAGGGUAGAUGGUGAGCCUGCCCUCGUUCACUGCAGUGCUGGAAUAGGUAGAACAGGUGUGUUGGUCACUAUGGAAACAGCCAUGUGCUUAAUUGAGAGGAACCUGCCCAUUUACCCACUGGAUAUUGUCCGGAAAAUGAGAGACCAGCGUGCCAUGAUGGUGCAGACAUCAAGCCAAUACAAGUUCGUGUGUGAAGCAAUUCUUCGAGUGUAUGAAGAAGGUUUAGUCAAGAGGCUGGAUCCCAGUUAGGACAACUGUGAAGUGUUCAUCCCUCCUUCCCUAGGGCAACUUCCUGAAGAAGGGGACACACAUGCCCCCCGGAGGCCCCCAGAGAUGCCCAUCACUGUGGGGAAGGGAUGAGCAUUUUUGAACCCAGGCACUUUAAUUUUCUGUGGGAAAGAUACCCUGUACAUAGGAACUGAGGAUAUAGAUAUGCAUGCAGCUAUGACUUCUUUGGGCCCAGAGAGAUAAGCAACAGGGGAUUCUCCAUGUGGGAGCUGUGUUUUCUCCCAGCGUAUCACCUUGAGCAAUGAGAGGGGACACUUAACAGUGCUGUUGACGCCCCUCCCACCACAAACCAGACAACAUGGUUGCUCAGAGGUUUUGUGUGUUGAUCUGUGUAGGACUCCAAGGUCUGAACUUCCUUGGCAAUUGGUGUCCAUUACCCCUGACACCAGGGGAAACUCAGAUGAAUGUACCACAGGUAGGGCACAGGGGACUUCAGGCUGGGGGAUGAACAGCCUCUAUUCUGUCCUCUUUCCCUCCCUCCCUCUGCCUCACCCCUACCCUUUCUGUGCUCACAUGUGUUCCAAAGCACCCCAUUCCCCCACCCUCGCAUUCCUUCAGGAUCACAUCCAGCGCCUGAACCAGUUUCAUAAUGUAUGUUCAGGUAAAGAUUUCUCAGCCGAGACAGGGAACUAGACCCUCUGCGUAUUGCUGAGUCUUAGUUUUAGAAGUAGGCGAGCCUCUGCUUAACCCCUUACUGUAUACUCAGACGCCAUGACUGGAAUCGCCGACUACUGAAUCUCUUAAUGUGGAUCGCUGCUACUUCAAGCUCUCACACUUGAAACGACGAUUUUCCUGGGGGUGGAGGGAUGAUAGCAUCCAAAUAUACAGAAUUUAGGACCCUUCUGAGAAAUGACCUCUAGUGACGAUAAGAAACACUGCUUCUCAAGGGUGUGUGUGUCUGUGUCUGUGUGUGAUGUGUGUCUGUGUGUGUAGUGGGUGUGGUGGGUGUGGUAGAUGGCUUUCUCAGGAUUCCUAACGAUUCAGAUUACAGUCGAGUUUAUGUAAAGAAUGAGUCUCUGUACAGAAGCACACACGUGUUCAUUCACCCUUAGCUACAGUGGUCUCUGUUUCAUUUCAGAGGGGAGAAUCAGACUAUCUGAAGAUAGGCACAAUUUGAUGUUAAUUUAUUCUAAGUACUCUGGGAUCUUGAUUGUCCUAAAGAAUUCUUCUCUGUGAAUGCCAUGUUAAAAAAAAUUUUUUUUUAAUUUGUGGCAGGAUUGUAGCGAAUUAUUAUUUAAGGAAAAUAAAUUACAUGAAUGCUUCAAGGUGGUAUUUUUAAAUAGCCGUUUUAUGCAUCCAGAAGAGUGUCAGCAAGUUUCUUAAUGGUGUUAUGGGGAAAGAAUACUCUCAUGUUAACAUGUAUGUAGAUGAAGCUACAUAGAUACUUAGCAGGCAGUGGACCAAUUAAAGAGCUUCCAAGUCGCAACAUGAUUUAAGGACCCAUGCAGAGGAGCUCAGGUUCCUGAAGGUUCUUU